AUGGGCCUCAUGGCCGGGAUGCUCCCUGGCGUCGAGUUCGCGAGGAGGCGACGGCUCCGGCCGGCGGCGGAGGCCCCGUGCGCCGGCGCGCGGAGGCCGUCGUCGCUCGGCAUGUUCGGGCACGACCACGCGCACCUCGGCUCGGCAGGUUUUGCGAAGGUAAUAACAACUAGUAGAAGCUGGACGCAGCUGGACGGCAUCGCCCGGGAGGCCAAGGAGAGGCUGGAUCACAGGCUCAGGAGCCAGAGAGAAUCUGUGGUCAAGAGGCGCCACAGCACGGGAAGCCUCCGGCUCCCGGCCCCGUCGAGCACCACCAGCGACCACCCAUCGAAGGACACGGCAGGGGCGGCGAGCGCGCUGCAGCGGGAGGUGUUCACGAAGAGAGGCGGCGGCCGGCGGUUCAGCUGGGGCCGGAGGAAGGAGCAGCAGCAGCACCAGGAGCAAGCGGAGUGCGCGGUGUGCCUGGAGGAGUUCCGGGGCGGGGACGUGCUGGCGCACCUCCCCUGCGCGCAUCGCUUCCACUGGGCAUGCGCCGUGCCUUGGGUCCAGGCCGCCUCCCGCUGCCCCUUCUGCCGCGCCACCGUCCGCCUCGCCGACCACCAGCUUGUCUAG